UGAGAGUUUGUGAUUGCCCGAGUGAUCUGUCACUCACAUCGCGUGGAUAAAGCGGAGGAAAAAAGAAAAAAGGAAAAAAAAAAUAGUUACAAGAUGGCGACCAACAACUGCCUGAACACUGGAAAACAAUAGAGACAGCGCAGCGGGGCAGAGUUUAUUUCUUUAACGUUUGCUUUUUCUUUUUCGUGUCGAGUCAGACCGGGGGACAGUAGCUGGAUGUGUGUACUUAAGACUUCUGGAGCAAAUUCGGAAGAAAGUGAGUUUAUAAUGCUUUGUCUGAGGGCUAGUUAGCAAGCAGGCUAAGCUACAUCCGUAGCUGUAAUGCAACAGUGAGGAUCAGCUGUUAGCCGCACUGCUACUUUAAAAGUUACUUUUACUAGUAAAACUCGCUCGUAACUCUCUAAGUUUGUGUUUUGGGGCUGAAUGGGUGUCAUGUAAGCGCUUUUAAUCCAUCACUUGCUAACCUUUCGUCGAUAGGUUUUUAUCUUCAAGUACGUCUUUUGUCAAACUUCAACUGUGAGGAGAAAAAAAACUGCUUAUUUAUUUUUCAUUUGUUGCUAAACAUUUCGCGACGAGAGAGAAAACCGAUUUAACGUGUUGUAUGCGCAAAUAUAAAUACUGAGGUAACGUGAAAUGUUUAAAAUGGUUUUAGUUCUCUCAAAACGAGAUUCAUUCCUGAAGUAAAAGUUUUGAAUCCUCUUAAACUUUUCUCUAAAUUAUUUACAAAUGUAAGUUAACUUAUAUGACGAAUAAGUGGUUCGUGUUAGUAAACGGUUUCAUUCAUAAAAUAGUUUGUGCUUAAUUCUAGUUUGUGUCAAGACUCCCGGCUUGAAUAUAACAGUUAUAUAAGAAACAUUGUUCCGUGAUUUUUGAGCGAUCGUUCGCGUAAAAGGAAACUGAUCAGAGUUUCGACUUUUUCUGAAUAUAAGCUCACACAUCUGAAGUAUAAUCGAUUUGUUUUGUUGUUCAAGGAGGUAGAUAGUAAUAAAAAUGGAGGCAGUUGAGUGUGUUUUGUAAAGACACACACACACAUCUCUGAACAGCACGAUCUGUCCUGAGAGUUGUGCUGGACUCCGGAGACUCGAGUGAGUUUAUAAACGCGGUUCUUCUGGAUGAUGGCGGAUUUCGUGGUGCCGCGGCACAGCGCGGUGAUGGAGCGGCUGCGGCGGCGCAUCGAGCUCUUCCGGCGGCAUCACAACGGCUGUGAGGACCGCUAUGACAGAACGGCCAUGGAGCGACUGGAGAUUGAGAGACAGCAGACGUUUGCGCUGCAUCAGCGCUGCAUGCAGACCAAGGCCAAGCGCACGAACAAGCACCGGCAGCCAGCGGCGACGAGCGCGGAACCCGCGGGGCAGAGAGGCACGGGCGGCGGGGGAACCAGCGCGGAGCUGGCCGACGGAGGGAGCGGGACGCCCGCGGAGCAAAGCAGAAACAGCACGCUGAUCGCGUUACAGGAGACUGUCAAGAGGAAGUUGGAUAAUGCUGGUUCACCCCACGGCCGUGACCAGGUCAACGGUUUCACCGAUGGCUACCCGCCCAAUAAAAAACCCUGUGUUGAGGAUGCACUGGGGGGUCUUAAUGGGGUCUCAAAUGGCAUAGUGCCUCCUCGCUCACCUAUGGACUCCAAACAUAACGUGUGUACAGAUACCAUGAUGGCCAAUGGGAACCACAGAGUGGUUGGUGCAGCGCACAAUGGGACGAGUCUAACUGAUAGCGGUGCAUCACAUGGCACAGAGUCAGAUUUCCUCCUGAAAGAAAUGAAGCAGGAGCCGGUGGACGAUAUCUUGCCCUGCAUACUGCCUGGAGGAGGUGGGAACGGAAACCACAACCUCUUCCCUGACCUCAACCUCAACGAUCAGGACUGGAGUGAGAUCAUGGAGGAGUUCAACCGCUCCGUACCCUACGAGGAAAUCCAGGAGCUCUUCAGUGACAGUUUUGGAGAUCGUAAGGACCCGGAGCUCCCGUCCACCGGUGCAGCUCAGAGCUUGAUGCCGUCAGAUCUGGUCAGCGUGAAGACUGAAUUUCCCCCCGCUACGGCUCCCUCCGCCUUCGAUCAGGACUCUUGCAAUGGUUCACCUCAGGUGAGACCCACCUCGUCUGGGCCUCCGCUUCACACCAACUCCCCCGCAACGGCUCCAGCCACAUCACCUGCCCUUCCUGUGCAGCAGCAGCCCACCAGACCACUCCCGAAUCACCUGCUGCCCGCCCCACCCAAAGACCUGUCCCCCGCACAGCAGCUGCAGCAGUUAGCAGUACGUGAGCAGCAGAGGGCGAUAUUACAAAGCCAGCAGCAGCAGCAGCAGCAGCACGUGGUUCAGAAGCCACCACAGCAAAAACAGCAGCAACAGCAAGCAGCUAAAUUCCACCAGCAGCCCAACCACUCAACAUCUUGGCCCCAAAAUGCUCCCACCCAAAGUCAAAUGGGCGGGACCUUUGGGCUUGAGAAGUCCACCAGCCCUUCUUUGUACCCACAAGACUUCCCCAACCCCAAGACCCUGCUCAUGCCCAACAAGGGUUCUCCCAAAGCAGGCGCUCCAGCCGGGUACAUGCAGCCCGGUGGGCACGCCAACAUGUUAAGUCACCCAGCCACACCCACAGGCCCCCUCAACCACCCACCCAACCCAGGAGCCCAGGCAGCCAUGUUGAACUACAGUAACACUAAACCCCUGUCCCAUUACGAGGCUGGAGCACUAGGUGCACCCAGGGGCCCUCCGGCCACACAGAACCAGAACAAACAGAACCAGGCCAUCCUGAACAUGAUGAGACAACAGCAGAUGCAGAAGCAGAGGCCGGCCAACAUGAACUUCAGACCAGUGCACCACCAGCAUGCUCCGGAUUCAGGGUCUUACCCCUCCGCAGCUCACGUUCCCGGCCCGGGGAACACUAUGACACCUCAGCAGAGCAACAGCAGCAUCCAGGCUAACCAUGGCAGCGCGGCCUACAUGAAGCAGCAGCAGCAGAUGCAGUUGAUGAAUCAGCAGAAGCAGUACUUCCAGAGACAGAUGAUGGCCGAGCAGGAGAAGCAGCGGCAGCAGCAGGAACAGCAGCUGCAGAGACAUCUGACCCGUCCACCGCCUCAGUACCAGGACCAGCAGAACCCGCAGGCCCAGCAGAACCCAUUCCAGCAGCAGCAGCAGCAGCAGGUGUCUCAGUUCACCGGGGUGCCACCCUGCCUGGCCCAGCAGCACUCCUCCGGCUUCAGCGAGCACAACAUCUCUGGUGCAUCUCAACCAAUAGGGAGUGUGAACUCUCUCAGUGGCCCCACCCCUGGAACACAACGGAUGUUCUCUCAGACACAAGGCAUGAUGGGAAUGGGGGUGGUACAGAAUACUGGCCCAACCACUGCUCCCCCUCCAGCCGCCGGUCAAGCAGACAUGAACCUCUCAUCCUGUGCAGGCGGUCUCGAUGUGCAACAAGUCCUCUAUGGCAACAUGCCCAUGCAUCCCUCCCACCCCAACCAGCAGAGACCGCCGGUGUCCUCAAUGUCUGCCGCUUACCGCCAGAAUGUUCUAGCAGCCCAGCAACAAGCACACUUGAAAAACCAACCCAAUGCUGCUAUGUUGAAACAACAACAGCAGCAGCAGCAACAACUGGCCCGUAUGCCCAACAGCAUGCCCAACACCUUGGCUAAUAACAUGGGCUCUGCUAUGCCCACCUCCAUGCCAACCAGUAUCCAGGGUGCCUUGCCCUCGCAGACCCAGUCAUGGCAGCAGCAGCAGCAGCAGCAGCAGCAUCCAGGUCUCCAGCCCGGCUCUGCUAACGGAGGCAUGCAAGCAGGUUUCCCCAACUCUGGCUUCCACAUGCAGCCAAGAUUGUCCAAACUUCCCAACAACACCCCGUUUCCCCAGGGUGGCAUGGGAAACAGUGCAGCUGGUAGGACCCUGGCAGGAAUGAAUCCUGGACAAAUGAUGCCUAACAUGAACCAGCAACGGACCAAUAACCCAGGCAUGUCCCAACAGCUGUCCGCUCCUGGCCAGCAGACGGUCCAGCAGGUGCAGCAGCAAGCGCCGCCUCAAACUGACUUGGGGUCCUACAGUCAGCCACAGGCCGGACCCAACCGCACCGCAGGACUUCAGUGCAGUCAGGCCUAUCAGCUGAACAGGACCCCCAAUCAGCAGCUCCAGUUUAGCUACAGCACCCAAUCAGGAGGCAGCUUGUCCGGGUUUCCUGCCGAGACAGACCUGGUGGACUCUCUUUUGAAAAACCCAUUGACACAAGAGUGGAUGGACGAUCUAGACGAGCUGUUGGCCAGUCACCAGUGAGUGAUGGCCAUGAGCUGAUAUCAGCCAAUGCUGAUGCCUUUGGUAGAGGAGAAAACAUAAACAUACACUUUUGGAUGUUUUCUGAAGUGGUGAAACUUCUCAUAUCACGGUCAGAUCUGCUGUGUUCUCUUUUGAGUGUGUAUAUAUAUGGUGUAUAUAAAAGAGGUCAAGUAGAGCACAGAGCCUGUGUCACUGAAGUAUUCUCUGGACUGGACAUUUCAAAGAGGGAAAUGCUCUACUACUGAACCUGUGGCUCAGUAAAACCACUGAAUUCUCUUAUGAGUGUGCGCUCAAACACAAGUUGAGCCAUUCACAUGGUUGUGUUGCCUAUGUGUUCGCUGUAGGCACGAGGAGGGUCUGUUCAAUGUCAGGAGUGUCUUGACACGCUUCCACAGGCCUUAAAUUUGCACUCUUGAAGAUGCACAAUAUGUGGUUUACAGUAAAGUGGUAGUUUACCCAAAAAUGAGUGUAUUUGAAUAAUUUACUAACCAUGUUGGUCAAACCCAUAUGACUUUGCUUCAGUGUUGGACAUUGACCGUUGGUCAACAUGGAUCACGUGUGCCUUGAUAAACACUGACAUCAUAUCCUUGAUGUCACGGAAUUGCAGUCGUAGAUGAACGAAGGUCAGUAACAGAUUGUGGAUCCCAUAGAAAUUGAGAAGCGCCAUAAACUGAAUCCUACGAGAUGCAAAACGUUUUCACUGUAAAUUCCAAAAAUUAUUACAAAUUCCAAAAUGGUUGUUUGAUGGCAGACUUGUUGAUUCAAAUAGGAAUAAGCUGCUCAUCACAAAAGCAGUUCAUUCAGAGUACUGAAGCCUCUUCUGCACAGACAUCCAUUCAAAAUCAAAUGUGGACCAUGGCCCUCCAGAGCAAGAUCAGACCUCUGCUUUUAGAUGCGUUAUCAGAAAACUGACCCUGUGUGUAUUAUCAUUCUUCAGAUGAUCUCAUUUGUGUGUUCCACUAAAGAAAGUCAGAUGAGUUUGGAACGACAUGAGGGAAUAAAGGAUGACGACUUCAGUUGAACUGUUAAGUUCCAUAUGGUGUAUGUUCAUUGGUUAGUUUCUCAUUGACUACAUUUAGGAAGUAGAUGCUUUGUGGUUUGUUUAAUCAGGCCAUGAGCACUUGAAGGAGUGUAGCUGAGACUAACUGGAGCACUGUAGAGUUCAUCCUCCUCACUAUUAAAGUAGAUUGCAUCAUACACUUUCAUGUUACACUACACUAAGUUGCGUGUUGUUGUUGUUGUUGUUUUUUUCUGAGAAGCCCAGAGCUUCUGUGUUGGUGAGAGGGUUAAUAGUCCUGUAUGUUUUCUUCCUAACCGUGUUACAAACUCUCUCUCCAUCUGAGAUUCUGUGACAGGAUUUCAUGUAUAUUUAUAUAUAUUUUCUGUAUGUAUGCGGUUUCUAUUGUUCAGGAGAGAUAGAUCUUAUUUUUAUAUGUACAUUGUUGCAAAAUUUUGUAAGUAUUUUAUACGUUUUAUUAUUGUUCUCUGUAAAACAAGAGUAUUGUGUAAAUAUAGUUCUCUAGAAACGGU